CCAGGACAAAAGACCCAGCAGAGGCCAAAUUAGUAUUGUCUUCAUUGACGACACGGCGCGAGCGCUGAUUGUGCAAGCGGCUCUGAGCGUGGAACAAAUACACAACAGGCGAAAUGGACUUUGGGAUGUCUCCAGUAGUCCUGGUAUUUGCAGUGUUGAUGUUUGUUGUCAGUGCUGAUGAAUUGGUUUUGCAGCUCAAUGGAGAGCUUGGUUCUUAUCCUGAGUCGAUGAUCCUGACAAAGAUCCAGAUGGGAGUCAUUGACCCGACACCUAUUGUCAACGAGAGAGGUUUAAGAUACUUUGUGCAGAUAGCGAGAAACAAUGUUGUUGUGUAUCCAAACGGCGUCCAGACAAUAGUCCCAAUUGGCAGGAAACGCUAUCAUAGCCAGAGACUAGUUCCUAUAAAUAACAACAGACUCAGAUGUACAUCCUGUGAUACCAACAAACUUGGCCAAAUAAGAACAACGCCUCCUCCUAGCUCUUUAUCACAAAAAUCUGCCUCCCGUAACAUACGACCGAGUUCGGCAAGUCUAGGAGAAUUUUCUAAUUCCAAGAAUCUGGAAAGUCGACAGCAGACUGCAACAGCAGCAGAUAGACAAGGGCAGACUAUGAAAACAGCUACUAAUCAAAGUAAACAAGCUGAUGCUGCUGUUCCACAAGAGAACCGCCGUGUACUUAUGGAUGUUUUAAAAUCUGGCACACCAGAGUUGAAAGUGUCUUCUCAGUCCAUAACUCUUCAGGCUAGAAGAACGCAGUCGGUAACUGGGCAAGUGCAAAAUAUCGCUGAGAGUGUUGAUGUAGUCAGGAGUAGUAGAGUUAGUUCGUUUGAAGGUCAAGGUUCAUUGCAAAAUUCAGAGAUGCAUUAUCAGCUUCAGAGACUACAAAACCUGGGAUUACGUGACCAAAAUCAACAGAUUCAAGGAAGGCUCCAGUCGCCCCUUGAUCUGUCGCAGCAACAGCCACUUGAUAAGCUUCAGAAGCCACGUGAUGAGCAGCUUCAGCGACAAUCACGUGAUCAGCUCCAACAACAACCACAAGAUCGAUUUAUACUGCAAGCACCCGAGAAGCCCCAGAUACAACUCCAUCAGUCACAUGAUCAACCGCAGCAGCCAUCACAUGACCAGUUUCAGUUGCCUUCCCAGGACAAGUCUUCAAGUAAACCCCAGCAGCCAUCACACGACCAAAUUCAGUUAACUUCCCAGGACAGGUCUCUAAGUCAGCUCCAGCAGCAGUCACAUGACCAGCUGCACCAACCACACGACCAGACAAAUUCACAAUUACAUGAAAGGAUUCUAAAGCAGCCACAAGAACAGAUUCAUCAAAUGUCUGUGCCAUUGCAGCUUCUCCCCAUUCGAGUCGAAUCCCAACAAAAUAACAGCACACUUGCUGCCACGACCAGCACAACAUCUCAGCCCUCAACAGAAACCUCACCCACGCCACUUGAAAUGUCCACACCAACUACAACUUCUGACACCAACGCUGACUCACAAAAUAUUCAAGGCAGUUCAGAUUGAGUCUUUCUAGAGUAGCAACUCUAGAGAAUUGUCCUAAGGAUGCUGUGUUGAUUCAAACCUCAAGGAAAUUGUCUGCAGCACUUGUCGUGGCUUCGUGACGUAAACAGGUGUUCCGGCUUCAAGUGUGUCAAGGCAAACGACGUUUAAUCUUGAGAUGGCGUUUCUAAAAAGCUUACAAUCAAAGCAUUUUACGUUUGCUCCAUUUGUUUGUUUUGUUAGUUUUCUGUAAAUUUGAAAUAAUCAUUUAAAAAUUUUUUUUUAAGAAUUGCUUUUUGAAGGUACGAAAUAAUUAUGUUGCACAGGAUAUAAAAAUAAAUUCUACUCAUUCCCCUAACCCUUUGUAACAUUCGUUUAAUUACAAAGUGAAAAGGUAACUAAUAAAAAAAAAUAAACAAAUAUUAAGUGCUUAAAAGUAUUGGUCAAAAUAACACAUGGACUAUGUUUGCAUGAUCCAUGCUUAUGGUUGUCGUUACAAGGAAACACUGCCCUAUAAACUUCAAAUGUUGCUUUUAGCAGGUACAAAGAGUUUAUCGUAGCUUAAUGUAUUGUGGAUAAUCUUGGUAAGAGGGAAAUCAGCCUGAACUUUGAACAAUGUCACUACAGUAGACUGAAUUGAUCAUUUCCGUGGACAGGUGCUACGGAGUCAAGUCCUAGUAGUCCGAGAGAAAAAUGAUGUUUUCACAUGGUUUCCCUGAGCCAGCUGGGACUACAUAUUUAUUGCUAUAUACAAUGUAUUUAUUUGUACUCUUUGGAUAUACGAUAUAGAUAUAAAUGAUAUGUUAUUUUUUUUUGGUUAUAGUUUUAUAAUUUCCAUAUAUAUAUAUAUAUAUAUAUAUGACAUAGACAAAAAUGUAUGUAGGCCUAUGACUAUGUCUGUGUAUUGUUCAAUCUAUUAUUAUUUCGCUAAGUUUCUUUACGCCGAUAUACUUAUAAGUUUAAUUAUUUUACUAAAAGCCAAAUGUUACCUGUGAUUAUUUAUUCUCAAUGCUUCUUGUUGUUCUCUUUAUUUUACUCUCUCAACUUGAAAAACAAUUUGAUCUAGAUCUACUUAUCUGCUCAAUGAACUGUAUGAUCAUAUACAAAUAAAGUUUAUCUCUAGUUCAAUUGUUCUAGAUCGAUUUGUUGACAGAGUAUCUAUGCAUUGCAAAAUGUAUCUACGCUGGGGGUGUAUGGGUGUAAUUAAUAUUAAACAUUAGUUUACGACCUUUCUCGUACAUAUGAAUGUAUCUUGCUAUACUGUUUACAAUCUUUUUAUGGAUAAUUUUGUAACUGCGGUUAUGUCGUUUCAGGAAUGUUAUAUUAGGCCUACGGUCAGUCAAAUAAGAGCCAUUUAAAAAAUAUGUAGGCUAGAGUGAUCAAUGCAGAAUCUAAAAAAAAAAUCUAUUAUUGGUAACAUUGACUUCUGGCAUUUAUAACGCUUGUAAAUCUAAUUUUCAGAUAAAAUCAACUUUUCUAAAUUUCUCUAAAAAUAUUUAUUGUUUAUUUACAAAGUAAUUUGUAUCGGUGCUUCUGAACUGAUCAUAGCCAGAUUUUUACAAAACUAAUGUCUACUCACUCCCUCUGUCUGUCUGGUACAAUUUUUUUUUUUUACACGUUAUUUCUCCUACACCCAUUCUUGGAUCAAGUUGAAACUUUGCACAAUUAUUGAUUGUCCUUAACAAAACAUGAAUCAUUAAAAAAAAAUUAGCCUAUUAAUUAACUAAUGAAUGAGUGGUUAUUAAUUAAUUGUGUUUUAUACCAAAAAUGGGAAAGAUCUUACAGGCUAUAAUUGUGCAUCUCUUUCCCUAAUAUAAGUUUUUUUAAAAGUAUUUUUUAUUAUGUGCUUGUUUGUUAUCAAAUAAAAAUCAUACUGCUAUCAAACGAAAGACAAGAGCUAGAGUAUGCCUGUGUAUGACUAAGGUAUGAACUAUAGCGCCUAUGUAACAAAUGUUCAGUUCUGUAAGUUAAAUUUAUUUUAAAUAAGAAUUGUGUAAUAAUAUACCCUCUCACUCUCUUUUUUAGAUCUAUAUUUAGUGCGAUGUAGAUGUGCCCUGAUGUUAUUCUAGAUUCUAGUUUAACUCCUUCACCAGAUUUGUUACUGCCGAAUAUUUUCCUUAUAAUGUCUGAUUCACGCAGACAUAACUAUAGAUAGUGCAUUGUUCUACUGGUUAAAGAAUAGAACCAUUCAACAAAUGAUAUUUGACCAUUUGGAUAUGUUUUGAAACGAUAAUAAAAAUUUGUAUAAAAA